AUAAAAAAAUAACGCCGCUCAGCUCGGCAGCUCCCACCUUCAGUCCAUCCAGAAAAACACAGAGCUGGAGGAAGAAGUCAGGCUACAGCUUCGUCUCCAGAAGUGUGGAGUGAUCAGUCUCUCCUCCAGUCUCUCUCUCUCUCUCUCUCUCUCUCUCUCUCUCUCUCUCUCUUUUUUUCUCUCUCCAUGCUGGUGUUUAACGGCUGACCCAUGGGCCGCUCUCCGGUCAGCCUUUCCAGACUGAAGCUGGGGAGAUUAAAGGUCGUGCGGCGGCAGCUGCUUCAGCGUUAUGAACACCAGCCCUUCGUCUCCUGUCUGGCCGGACUGUACGGCUGCCAGUGGAGGCGCUAUCAGAGGGCUAAAGCUCAGCCUGGAGAGUGCUGCUGCAGCCGGUUGGAGUGUGGAAGUUUCGGCCUCCUCAUCGUUACGUUUUUCCUGACGCUGGUGUUCCUGUAUUUCUGGAGCGAGGCUCAGAAUGACUACAACGACUUUGAUUGGUUUAACUUCGGAAACCUGGGCUUUUGGUUCCCCUGGUCGGUGGUGCUGCUGGUGGCGUCUGCAGCACUUUUCACCUACAUCGCCCUCCUGCUGGUCUUAGCGGUGUGCCUUCUCUCUGAGGGACAGAGGCUUUACCUACACUGGAGCCACAAGAUUGGUAUUCUGGUGACCCUCACCUUCUCUAUCAGUGCUACAGCUGUGCUCUCUGACCUAUGGAGCAAAGAGUGGAAAACGCUCCUGCUUUCCUUUCAGGUCACAGCACCCUUUCUGCAUGUGGGUGGAGUCUUGUUAAUGACUCUCCUAUCCUGGCCAGUAGCCUUACACUUCUUUCGAAUGAAUAAGAGAGUGAGGCAGGUGAUUAUUCUGGGUCUGUAUCUGGCUGUGCUCUUCACUCUGUAUCUGGUUCCGCUGGGCAUGUAUUCCCCCUGCAUUAAAGAGGAGGGCACACUGGGCCCGGCGCCGAUCCUCAUCGGGCACAGAGGAGCCCCCAUGCUCGCUCCCGAGAACACGCAGCUGUCCUUCCAGAAGGCUGUGGAGGCCGGAGGAGAGGGGCUGGAGACCGACGUCAGUAUAAGUUAUGACGGCGUGCCCUUCCUCAUGCACGACAACACACUGAGGAGGACCACCAACGUGCACGAGGUUUUCCCCAACCGGACCAACACCCCAGCGGCCAUGUUCACCUGGGCCGAGCUGGAGAUGCUCAGCGCCGGAGCGUGGUUCCUCGCGAGGGAUCCGUUUGGGAUGGCCUCGUCUCUGGACCUGGAGGAGCGCGCUCUGGUGGAGAAUCAGACGGUUCCUACGCUGAAAGACUUCCUGGACUUAGCUGCUCAGCACGGCAGGCUGGUGAUUUUCGACCUCCGUCGGCCACCGCAGGGUCAUCCGUACCACGACACGUGGAUCACCCGGACUCUGGAGGUCCUCCACAACGAAUCCUCCAUCAAUUCCAGCCAGGUGCUGUGGCUGCCAGAGGAUCAGAGGGACGUGGUGCAGGAGCUUGAUCCAGAGUUGCAGCAGACUUCCGGAGACCGAGCCUCCGUCGAGGAGCUGCAGGAGGAGCACAUUGUCCUCCUCAACCUGCACUACAGCUCCAUGAGCCAGGAGCAGAUCAGUAAAUACGCCUCAGUGAACAUCAGCACUAACCUGUAUGUGGUCAGUCAGCCGUGGCUGUACUCUCUGGCCUGGUGUGCUGGGGCUCAGUCCGUCACCACCAACUCUCUGCACCUGCUCAAGAACCUGCACAAACCCAUCUUCCUCAUGACUCCACAUGAGUACAGUAUGAUGUGGAUCCUAACAGAUAUCAUCUCUGCAGUCCUCAUCACGGCUGUGUUUAUAUUCCACUGGUGGCGUGAGAGAGGCUUACCUUUCUGGUCUGGCAGUAGGCAGGUGCAUGAGAACGGACCCUACAGCAAGUUCAGGACUGCAGAACUGAGCGAUGUUUGGUCCAUCUCCAGCCUCAGCGUCCGGGGGGAGGGGCGGAGUCAGCCAACUUCACCCAAUUUACCCACCAUCUCCGAGGAGCCGCCAGUCUGAGCCCGGCCAGGCGGGGGCGCCAGAGAGGCCAGCGGUAACAGCAAAGACUUUCUGCUGCUUAAACGCUGCCCACUCAAAGCCAUUCAUCCAUCCACUUAGGCUACACAUUCGCUUCUGCGUUCCAGACUGACGUGAGGGACACAUAGUUUACACAUUCGGACCACUGCUUCACAUGCAAGUAACCACAUACGGAGCAACCAGCAUCUUUUAACUGAAAACCAAGGAAAGCAGCAUGUGUGGAACACUUCUUUAAGGGAGUUUUUAUGGUGUUAAUGGCACGAGAAACUCCUUGGAGUCCUCUGCUGCUGAUGAGGUGACACCCAGGAAUGGGAUAUAUGGAUAUAAUUCAUACUGGAGGAAGAAAAAUCUCUCUCAGAGCUCAUUCAUCAGCGGAUUCAUCGGAGUGAGAAACUGAGGAAAGCUUACUGUUCUCUGUGUCUGAAUAUGUGGAUAGACUUAUACGUGUAUAGAUAAAGAUUUUGCUACAAUAGGAUUUUAAUGGUAAUGAAUUAUCAUUGAAUGUAGCUUAUCGACAAGCAACCACAUUUAGCAUGAGAGCAAAAAAAAAACCCUCUUCAUUCAGCUUUUUUUGCUUGUAUGGAGUUGUCAAAGUCGCCAUGUGAGAAAAUUACAACCAAAUACGCAAUUACUCAACUUUUAAAUGUGUAAUCUUAGUAGCUGCACUGCAAAGAAAUCUUGGCGUGUGAAAACAUCUUAGAUUUAGUUAAUAUAUGGCUGUAUGCAAAAUUAAAAA